AAAACCCAUCGCCAUUCACAGGGUUCACGAUACGAAAAGACGCUGCAGUCAGAAAAGCCACAGAGUGUGAUUCGGAGCCUUCACAGAUACCCAAAAGAGUAAUCUCAUGGAACGUCCAGAGAACACCAUCCGAACUCUUCCAUCUCCUCCCGCCUCAUCCUCGCGUCUGCUCUCCGAUCCAUCCUCGUCGUGGCCAUCGAAAAGCCAAAAUCGAGAACAGAGGUGACACUGGUGUCGGCAGCGUCAUGAUUACCUACGCCGUGCUCCCGCCUAUCCUGUGUGCCGCCCUCUCGACUCCCCUGUCCAUCAUGCCCGACCUGCGCCGGUCAAAGACCGAGCGAUGUCACGCUCUGGCAUCUGUGAUUGACGCUCUAGCGCAAGCAGCCUCUCACACAGCCUCGUCUCAUUCGUUGUGCCCUCCAGAUCCCCCGCAAUUCGGACAGCCAACGCAUCCAUUCAGACAAGCGUUGAUCCUGGCUCCCUUCCCCACGAAGGAAUGCACCAAUCCUCCACCAACCACACAAUUGCAACACCUGCAAUCCAUUUGCCGUGUAACCACACCACUUAUCUUUCCAAAGGUCGGGUCUGUGCCGAUCAGUUACCGUUUCCCUGCUCGCGUGCGACCACGAGCUGCGAGGUGAAAAAAUGGGACCAAGUCGACCAGCAUUCCUUGCAGGGCCUCAUGACCACCCGCUCAUUUGCCCUUGAAAGAAGAAGAUAAAAGGGUUGAUCGCGCCCGCUGUCAAUGCGCCGUGUUUCUCUCCCCAAGCCUGACCUGCCUCACUGUGGUCCGUAAGGCUACACAAGACUCUGUAGAAGUGUUACUCUAGCUCCGGGCAAGGGCCAGACCAAUCAACAUGGCUCACGUCGACUCUCCUACCAAGGAGACUGUGCCCGCCGCCCGUCAGUACGGCGAUGAAGACGAGCUCGACAGCCCGCGCAUGUCUCCAGCCAGAUAUGCCGCGACAAGAAUCAGCACCCUCAAGCCUCCUAUGGCAAAGGCGCCCAACCCUUUCAAGCUUCUGGCCAUGCUAAACACCCAACAAUGGCUCUUCUUCCUCGUCGCCUUCUUCGGCUGGUCGUGGGAUGCCUUUGACUUCUUCACCGUUUCGCUCACCGUGUCUGACCUGGCCGAGACAUUCAACAAGUCCAACACUGAUAUCACCUGGGGCAUCACUUUGGUGCUCAUGUUCCGUUCGGUGGGAUCAACCAUCUUCGGUAUCGCUGCUGAUCGAUAUGGGCGGAAGUGGCCCUUCAUUAUCAACAAUAUCCUCUUCAUUGCCCUCGAACUGGGCACCGGCUUCACUCAGACCUACGGCCAAUUCCUCGCAGUGCGCGCCCUCUUUGGCAUUGCCAUGGGUGGUCUGUACGGCAAUGCGGCCGCCACCGCGCUUGAAGAUUGCCCCGAAGAAGCCCGCGGUCUCAUUUCCGGGAUGCUGCAGCAAGGCUACGCAUUUGGAUAUCUGCUUGCCACGGCCUUUGCGCGCGCCCUGGUGAACACGACCUCUCAUGGUUGGAGACCGCUGUUCUGGUUCGGCGCAUGCCCUCCAGUACUGAUCAUUUUGUUCCGUCUUUGUCUCCCCGAGACCCAUACUUUCCGCGCUCGCCAGGCUCUUCGUGCGCAGCAGGGCAGUUUGGCGGGCACCUUCAUUUCCGAGGGAAGAGUGGCGCUGAAGAGACACUGGCUCCUGCUCAUCUACAUGGUUCUUUUGAUGGCGGGUUUUAACUUUAUGAGCCACGGUUCCCAGGACUUGUACCCAACAAUGUUGACGAACCAAUUCAAAUUCUCCGCCGACGCCGUCACGGUUACCCAGGUUGUCGCCAAUUUGGGCGCCAUGACCGGCGGCACCGUUAUCGGAUACUGCUCGCAGAUCUUCGGUCGUCGAUUCAGCAUUAUCUUCAUUUCUAUCAUCGGCGGAGCACUGCUGUACCCCUACACCUUCGUCACUACCAAGGCUGUCAUUGCAGCGGCGUUCUUUGAGCAGUUCUGUGUCCAAGGCGCAUGGGGUGUCAUUCCUAUCCACCUGAUGGAGCUCUCUCCAGGUUCCUUGCGGACUUUUGUGGUGGGUACUUCCUACCAACUGGGCAACCUGGCUUCGUCGGCCUCUUCCACGAUCGAAUCCACCAUUGGUGAACGGUAUCCUCUUGCGCCUCUCAUCAACAAGGAAGGGAAGGCCGUCAAAAGAUACAACUACGGCAAGGUCAUUUGUAUCUUUAUGGGCGCGGUGUAUGCAUAUGUCAUUUUGCUGACCUUGAUUGGACCCGAGAGGAGAGGGAGGAGUCUGCACGUGGAGCACGACGAGGAUAUGGCCGAGGUUACGCAUACGGAUUUGCGGCACCAGCCUGUCCCGGUCGGCCAUGGCGAUUCUAGCGAGGACGAGAAGGCGGUUGCUAGCGAAAAGGUUUGAGUUCGGGACGGGGACGACGACAGGGCAUUCUCUCGGCAGCAAGACUGUGCGGGUGCGCGAUAGGCGGCUUGAUCAGGUCAGGUGCACGGACGACCACGAUUUUAUUGCCUCGUUUGCAACGAGAUCGGGGACGAUGCAGGAAACCAGCCAUAUUGAAAUGUCUGGACCAGAAUGGAAUUCUACAUUACGAACCCA